CCGCUUGCCCACGCCCGCUUUCAACUGCAUGCCACUUCGUGCUCUUUCAUCCGCCAUCCAGACAACUCGCACCCUGCCGAGUUUACUUGGAUUUCUCAUGCCAUUGCCUCUGGCAACGUUAAUUUUACUACCCCCAAUUGUAGUUGAUUACAGACGGCCUCGUGGCCAUGGCGUCCCUGAAUAUGGCACCCGAGGAGUUGAAGCAACUGGAACUGUUGCGCAACCGCUACGCCCAGCUCACGAGCAGCCUGGCCAGUCUCCGUGCAGGCAUAAUAAAUUCUAAUCCGCUUCCUAGUCGCGAGUCGCUGCAAGCCUCGGCCACCAUCCUACAGCAGAACAUCCGGACCCUCCAGGAGCUGGCAACCGAAAAUGCCGACCUGUUCCAGCGCACCGCGGUCCAUCCGUCGACGAACUUUCCCGGCCGCACACAAGAGCAUGUACUCCUUCAGCUAGUGCGGAAGAAGCUAGAGCCGGAUGUCGAGAGCUGGGUCGAAGAAGCACGAGAGACCGCGGCGGCCGCAGGGGUCGAUGCAACCAAGCUUGCUACCGGGGUGCCUACGCGCCGCGAACAUGACUACGACGAGGAUAUUUAUGGCAUGGACCAGGAUGAGGAUGUGUCGUCGGAUCCAUUCACCGACCAGUGGGCCGACAUGCACGAUGCCUUCCAAGAGACACUGCAACACUACGUGACGGUGCAAGUGAAGAAGAAGUACACGAUUGAAGAGCAGGCGAUGGGCAUUGAAAACGUGCGGACGGGGCUCAGGCAAAACUUGGAGGAGAGUGAUGAGGAAGAAGACGAGGAAGAAGAGGAGGAGGAGGAAGACGAGGCUGCCGGUGCGGCGGAGCAUGCCAGAGAUGCAGGUUCCGGAGCGGGAGGUCCAGGGGCGGCGGGCGGAAAACCGACCUUAGAGCCCGAACACCUGUUCUGGCUGGCCGCCAGAGGUGACUUGGACAUUCCACGGAAUAUCCCCUUCGUUUCGCAGCGCUGAGGAGAGAGGACCGGCUCCGUAAUCGUCAUCUGGGCUGGCAAGGUGGUUCUAUCAUCCAGCCUCUGUCCCUAUCAUUCCGCCGCCUUCUCCCACCCACGGGGAAACCGUGCGCUUCACUGCGUUACUACCCA